GGUAGCAUAAGGAAUGUAACUGUAACCUGUUGGAAUUCGUAAGAUGUACAUAACCUCACCAGAAAAGCUGACGCAAUCAACGUGUACGCUUGCUGACGUUUGAAAGAUAACGAUUUUGGCAAGAAUAACAGCCGGCACGAAGUAUCUUGUAACAUAUUCGUUAAUUUCGAAAUAAUGAACGAGAGACUGCCGGAGAUUAUCAAUUUCGCGGCAGGUGAGGAGGCGAAGAUUUUAGAAUUCUGGAAAGAGCGUGAUGUAUUUCAAGAAAGCAUGCGCUUGUCGAAAAAUCGGCCGAAAUUUUCUUUCUAUGACGGGCCGCCGUUCGCCACCGGGUUGCCACAUUACGGCCAUAUUCUCGCCGGCACCAUAAAGGACAUCGUGACGAGGUAUGCGUAUCAAAGCGGUCAUCACGUGGAACGCCGCUUCGGCUGGGAUUGUCAUGGACUGCCGGUGGAGACCGAGAUCGAUACAAAAUUCGGCCUCAAGGGACCCGACGAUGUCGCCAAGAUGGGCAUUAAAGCGUACAAUCUUGAAUGCCGCAAUAUCGUGAUGAGGUAUGCCAACGAAUGGGAGAUAAUCAUCAAUCGCAUGGGCCGAUGGAUAGACUUCAAGAACGACUACAAGACCAUGUAUUCUUGGUACAUGGAGUCGAUCUGGUGGAUCUUCAGCGAGCUGUAUAAAAAGGGUCUGGUUUAUCAAGGCGUCAAGGUGAUGCCUUACUCCACCGGUUGCACUACGUCGCUGUCGAACUUCGAAGCGGGUCAGAAUUACAAGGAUGUCAUUGACCCGUCGAUAGUCGUGACCUUCCCCUUGCUGGACGAGCCGGGUGUCUCGCUUCUGGCAUGGACAACCACCCCGUGGACGUUGCCUAGUAAUCUGGCGUUGUGCGCCAAUCCGCAAUUGGAAUACGUGGAGGUAAAAGACAACGCUUCCGGUAAUGUUUACAUCAUGUUGGAGGCUCAGUUGAGCCUCGUUUUCAAAUCCUCAGAUCUGUACACCGUGCAAGGCAGAAGGAAGGGCGUGGAGUUGAAGGGGAAGUCGUACGAACCGCCGUUUUCCUAUUUUGCGCAUUAUAGAGAGAAGGGUGCUUUCAGGGUGCUGAAUAAUACUUACGUCACAGCCGACACUGGAACCGGCAUCGUUCAUCAAGCUCCCUAUUUCGGAGAGGACGAUUUUGCAUGCUGCCUGGAGGCCGGUAUCAUAAACAAGGACGAUAUACCGAGCGUGUGUCCCGUCGACAGCUGCGGCCGCUUUACCGAGCCGGUGACCGAUUUCAUCGGCAAGUACGUCAAGGACGCGGAUAAGGACAUCAUCAAGUAUCUCCGUAGCAAGAACAGGCUGAUCAUCAGUACCACGGUGAAGCACAGCUAUCCGUUCUGCUGGCGAACCGACACGCCGCUCAUCUACAAGGCCGUGCCUUCUUGGUUCCUGAAAGUGGAGCAGUUCAAGGACAAAUUGUUAACGGCGAACGAGAAGACUCACUGGGUGCCGGAUUACGUGAAGGACAAGCGGUUCGGCAACUGGCUGCGCGAUGCGCGCGACUGGGCGAUCAGCAGAAAUCGUUACUGGGGCAAUCCGAUGCCGCUGUGGAUAUCCGAGGACAAGAAGGAGAUCGUUUGCGUCAGCAGUAUCGAUGAGCUGCAAAGUCUGGCCGGCAUCGACUACUCCAUAUCCGACAUUCAUCGCGACAAUAUUGAUGACAUAACUAUCCCGUCGGUGCGCCCGGGACACCCGCCGUUGCGUCGCGUGCCAGAGGUCUUCGACUGCUGGUUCGAGUCCGGCGCCAUGCCGUACGCGCAGAGGCACUAUCCGUUCGAGUGCACAGGGGUGGAAAGGUUCAACGAGUGGUUCCCGGCGGACUUCAUCGCGGAGGGCAUCGACCAGACGCGCGGCUGGUUCUACACGCUCCUCGUGAUAGCCACCGCGCUGUUCGACACAGCACCGUACAAGAAUCUCAUCGCCAACGGCCUGAUCCUCGCGUCCGACGGACAGAAGAUGUCGAAGCGCAAGAAGAACUAUCCCGAUCCGAUGGAGGUGGUGAAGCAAUUCGGCGCGGACGCCCUGCGUCUCUAUCUGAUCAACUCGCCGGUCGUGCGGGCCGAGAAUCUACGGUUCAAGGAGGACGGCGUCCGCGACGUCAUCAAGGACGUCUUUCUGCCGUGGUACAACGCGUUCCGGUUUCUCAUGCAGAAUAUCGAUCGGUUCGAGAAAUCGGAAAAAAUCCUCUUUCAAUUCAACAGCGAAAAAGACAUGAACUUUGUAUCCCCCAAUAAGAUGGACCAGUGGAUUGUAUCCUUCACGCAGAGUCUACUGCUCUUCGUGAAGCAGGAGAUGCAGGCUUACAGAUUGUACACCGUGGUGCCUCACUUGAUCAAGUACAUAGAACAUCUCACGAACUGGUACGUGAGAAUGAACAGGAAACGCAUCAAGGGCGAGACUAACAGCGUCCGGGAUUGUCAGCGCGCACUGAAGACCCUGUUCCUGGUGCUUUACAUGAUGGUGCGGACAAACGCGCCGUUCACGCCGUUCCUCACGGAAUUCAUGUUCCAGCGCUUGAAGAAAUACCUGCCGCCGUCCAAGGAGAACAUGGACAGUGUGCACUAUCAGCUGAUACCGGAGCCGCAAACGAGGCUGAUCAACGAGAACAUAGAGUACGCCGUGUCGCUGAUGCAGACCGUCAUCGAGCUAGGACGUAUUGUGCGCGACAGGAAGAGCAUACCGACAAAGUAUCCGCUGCGAGAAAUCGUGGUGAUUCACGAGAAAGCUGAGAGGCUGAAGAUCUUGCUAGAAGACUACAUACUUGAGGAGCUGAACGUCAGGACUUUAACGGCCACCCUUGACAAGGACAAGUACGGCGUGACGCUGAGAGCGGAGCCGGAUCACAAGAUACUCGGCGCGCGCUUGAAGGACGACUUCAAGCGAGUUUGGCAGGCGAUUAAGGAGCUGACCGACGAGCAGCUGCAGCAGUUCAUCGCCGAUAAGGAGAUCACCGUGCUGGGUCACAAGCUCGGCGAGCAGGAUCUGCGUCUGAUGUUCAGCUUCAAGAGCUCCCCGGCCGCGGAAGAAGCGUCGAAGCGCUACGAAGCCCACGGCGAGGGAAACAUGGUGAUCCUCCUGGACAUCAUUCAGGACGAGGAGCUGUACGACGAGGGGAUAGCGCGGGAGAUAAUCAAUCGCGUGCAGAAGCUGCGGAAGAAAGCUCAGCUGGUGGCCACGGACAUGGCCGAGGUCUACUACGAAGUCGACGAAAAGAGUCGGCUGAGCAGUGUGCUCCGCGAGUACAAGGACUUCAUCGAGGCCAAGACCAGGACCCCGCAAGGCGAGGCAAAAAUAGCGAAAAAUUAUAUAAUUAUUUCGUCGACGGAAAAGAUCAAGAAGGAGAUCCUAAAGCUCACGCUGGUCAACUACAGAGUGGCCGAACGGAACGAACAACUGGCGAAACGGAACGAACAACUGACGAAACGGGACGAACAACUGGCGAAACAGAACGAACAACUGGCGAAACGGAACGAACAACUGGCGAAACAGAACGAACAACUGGCGAAACGGAGAGCAAGCGUCCGUGGACCCUGGUCGCCUUACGUCAAUUUGUUACUGGUCGGUAUAAAGCCGAGGUUCGGCGUGUUGGACGUCACGGCCACGGUUUUGCUGGACUCCCCGAAGCUGGGGCCCAUCACGUACGAACGCCUGAGAGAGGAGAUUGAAUUAAUAUACGGUAUUAACGAUUGCUCAUACGACUUGUACGUGGAUAAUAAGAAGAUUACGGACAUGUUGCCGAUAGAUAAAUUGAAUAAAAAAACGAUUCUAGUCGUGAAGUCGGGAAUAUCCAAGAUCGACCAAGUCAAGUCCGUGGCUGACCCGUUUUGCGACUUUAUCAACAUAAAUCGUUGUAACGGCAAGGUCAAGUGUUCCAUUCUUCUAGAAAAUCCUACAGGUCGUUUUAGGUUGAAUACGGCGACUCUGGAAGACCGGAUACGUAAACUCUUCGAUGAACCAAACUUUGAACUGGACGAUUCUCUAAAUUUAAAAUGCGGACUAGAAAUACAAUUGUAACGUUCCACGUGUGGAUUUUUACUUCCGAGUUUUGUAAUACUUUAUAUUGAUUUUUUCAUUGUUAAUAUUGUAAAAAAAAUGAAAAGGCUUAAAUCUCGUAAGCGCGUAGUUAUGCUGUUACCAUUUUUCUCAGGUUCCUAAGAUAACAUUUUAUAAUAUUUUACUAGAAGCAAUAAAGAAUUAAAGAAAUAUAGAAAUAUAGAAAUAUUUGAAGAGUUAAAUGAGAGCUGAGGCAUAGGUUAUUCGCUUUUUUUUCAUAUUAACUAAAGUAUUUGCGCUAUAAAAAAAUAAUAUUCAUUAUUUUAUAUAGCUUGCAACGUAUAUUUACGUGUAUAUUUAUUUGCACUGUAAUUUAAUACCACAGCAUUGUGUAAUUUAAACGAGUACCCUCCAUGAAAAUUUAUUUAUAUUCAUUCUUUCACAAUCGAGAAAUAAAGAUCAUCAAAGUCA